CUCUUGAUGGUUCCAACAGGCCAGACUGACGCGCUCGGAGCUGUAAGUACUGGUGUAUUAGGGUGCAGCGCUCAGUGGUCCCAAAAUGAGUGUCCAAGAGCAGGGUUUCCCUUUGGACCUUGGAGCAAGUUUUACGGAAGAUGCCCCCCGACCCCCAGUGCCUGGCGAGGAGGGGGAGCUGGUGUCCACAGACCCGAGGCCCGCCAGCCACAGUUCCUGCUCCGGGAGAGGUGCCAGCGCCAAAGGCGAGACUUCCACCGCCACCCCUCGGCGCUCGGACUUGGACCUGGGGUACGAGCCCGAGGGCAGCGCCUCCCCCACGCCGCCCUACCUGAAGUGGGCCGAGUCGCUGCACUCCCUGCUGGACGACCAGGACGGCAUCGGCCUGUUCCGGACCUUCCUGAAGCAGGAGGGCUGUGCCGACCUGCUGGACUUCUGGUUCGCCUGCAGCGGCUUCAGGAAGCUGGAGCCCUGCGAUGCGAACGAGGAGAAGCGGCUGAAGCUGGCCAGGGCCAUCUGCCGCAAGUACAUUCUGGACAGCAGCGGCAUCGUGUCCCGGCAGACCAAGCCGGCCACCAGGAGCUUCAUCAAGGACUGCAUCGUGAGGCAGCAGGUGGACCCCGCCAUGUUCGACCAGGCGCAGACGGAGGUCCAGGCUGCCAUGGAGGAGAACACCUACCCCUCGUUCCUCAAGUCUGACAUGUACUUGGAGUACGCCAGGACGGGAGCGGAGAGCCCGAAGGGCCUCGGCGACCAGAGCCCUGGGUCAGGGGCGGGCAAGGGCUUGGCGGGGUACCUGCCCACCUUGAACGAAGACGAGGAGUGGAAGUGUGACCCGGACAUAGAUGAGGACGAGGGCAGAGACACGGCCCCCCCCAGCAGGCUCACGCAGAAGCUGCUCCUGGAGACGGCCGCCCCGAGGGCCUCCUCGAGCAGACGGUGCAGCGAAGGCAGAGAGUUCAGGUAUGGACCGUGGCGGGAGCCAGUCAACCCCUACUACGUCAGCUCCGGCUAUGCCUUGGCCCCGGCCACCAGCGCCAAUGACAGCGAGCAGCAGAGUCUAUCAAGCGAUGCCGACAGCUUGUCCCUCACAGACAGCAGCGUGGACGGGGUCCCGCCAUACCGGACCCGCAGGCAGCACCGCAGGGAGAUGCAGGAGAGCAUGCAGGCCAAUGGGCGGGGGCCUCUCCCUCACAUCCCUCGCACCUACCGCGUGCCAAAGGAGAUCCGCGUGGAGCCACACAAGUUUGCCGAGGAGCUCAUCCACCGGCUAGAAGCAGUCCAGCGCACACGGGAGGCCGAGGAGAGGCUGGAGGAGCGGCUGAGGCGUGUGCGGAUGGAAGAAGAAGGCGAGGAUGGGGACCUGUCUCCUUGUCCUCCGGGAGUGAGUCACAAGCUGCCUCCCGCCCCGACCUGGCACCCCUUCCCGCCCCGCUACGGGGACAUGGGCUGUGCUGGGCUGCGGGACUCGCACGAGGAGGACCCUGAGGCCAUCCUGGAUGAGCACGUGCAGCGUGUGCUGAGGACGCCCGGCCGCCAGUCCCCUGACAGCGGGCACAUGGCCAAGGGGGCGGCAGUGCUGGGCGGCCCGACCUCUGGGCACAGCAAGCACACGCCCAGGUCAGGGCCAAGGCUGGAGGCGGCUGGCCUGCACCACCACAGGCACGUCCACCACCACGUCCACCACAGCACGGCCAGGCCCAAGGAGCAGGUGGAGGCUGAGGCUGCCCGCAGGGUCCAGGGCAGCUUCCCGUGGGGCCCCGAACUGUACGGCCACGCGGCCAAGCCCCGCAGCUACCCAGAGAGCAUGGGUGCCGGUGCUGGUGACAGUCUGACCCACAGCGGGAAGGCAGGCUUACCUUCCAGGAGGGGCGCCAAGAAGGCCGACUCGGGGAAGAGUGGCAGUGUGGAGGCCCCCGGGCCCUCGGAGGACGCAGAGAGGAACCAGAAGAUCAUGCAGUGGAUCAUCGAGGGCGAGAAGGAGAUCAGCAGGCACAGGAGGGCUGGCCACGGGUCUUCCGGGGUGAGGAAGCAGCCGACCCAUGAGGGUACCAGGCCUCUGUCCGUUGAGCGUCCGGGGGCUGUGCACCCUUGGGUCAGUGCUCAGCUCCGGAACUCCGUCCAGCCCUCCCACCUCUUCAUCCAAGACCCUGCAAUGCCACCCAACCCAGCACCCAACCCCCUGACCCAGCUGGAGGAGGCCCGCAGGCGUCUGGAGGAGGAGGAGAAGAGGGCGAGCAAGCUACCCUCCAAGCAGAGGUAUGUGCAGGAGGUUAUGCAGCGGGGACGCACCUGCGCCAGGCCAGCGUGCACGGCAGUGCUAAGUGGGGUGCCCGCCGUGUCGGACACGGAGCUCUCCGAGACAGAGACGAAGCCGCAGAGGAAGGCGGGCAGCGGGGGCGCCCCGCCCUGUGACAGCAUCGUGGUGGCUUACUACUUCUGUGGGGAGCCCAUCCCCUACCGGACCCUGGUGAGGGGCCGCACGGUCACCCUGGGCCAGUUCAAGGAGCUGCUGACCAAGAGGGGCAGUUACAGAUACUACUUCAAGAAAGUGAGCGACGAGUUCGACUGCGGCGUGGUGUUCGAGGAAGUGCGGGAAGACGAGGCCGUCCUGCCCGUGUUCGAGGAGAAGAUCAUUGGCAAAGUGGAGAAGGUGGACUGACUGCAGGCCUGGCCGCCGCGCCAGCCCGAGGACACCCGCUGUGCCCAGCGUGUGGGACCAGGCGGGCACCUCGCCCCCGGAGCCCAUGGUGCGGGUGAUUGAGACGUGCGUGUCACGAGUCCGUGUGUGGCGCACAGGGACGGGCCAUGUGCCGGGGGUGUGUUGUCCGCUCGGCGCGUCUGUCUGGGGGCGGGGCCCCGAGUAUUGGCACCAGACCCUGGGCCGAGGCAGGACCCUGUCCACUUCUCCAUAGCAAUACUGGAGCGCACGGCCCGUGACCCCGAGCGACCCUGCUGCUAGCCAAGGGCUGACCCACGGGCACCCUGCGCCGGCCAGCGUCCACUUCUUCCUUGGGGAUCUGUCCGGCUGGGUCCAGGCCCAGGCCCACAGGCCCACGGGGCUGCCAUAAACUGCGUGUCACCGAGUGCCUUCAGCACAGCUGCCUCUUGCCUGCCACUGUGUGAAUCCGGCGUCGGAGCCCGGGCUCCCCCUCCGCCCUCCGCCCUCCGCCCCAGCCGCGCCGGCCCAGCCCCGGCCCCUCCUUCCGAAGGGCCUGUGUAAAUAUGUACAUUCUCAGGCCAGGGCCCGCGGGGCCGCCCCGGGCCCAUUUUUCACACGAUGACUUGUACAAUGACCUUUUCGAAGGUACUUGGGUAAUCAUGAAAUAAAACUGUUUGAACCUGC